AUGUCACCGUUUCUCCUGAUUUUACUACUAUAUUUAUUAUUUGAACCUACCGUAACCUCAUACGACAGUUGCCUCCAUUAUCGAUCGAUAUGCCUACGAAAUGACACGUGUAAUCAGCAUUUGAAACGGUUUCAGACGACGUGUGGUUAUGAAUUGAAUGGUAUGGUGUAUGCUCCGGAACGUCACCAUCAGACUGUGUCUACCAUUUACAUCGGAUACGUGCCAGUUUUCCGACGAAAACAUGUACAUGUUAUGAAGCAAUCGGUAGGAUUCUCCCAAGAAUGCGAUUUUUUUCGUCAAGUCAUCUGGAAUCACCCUUGUGAGCGAAAGAUGAAGGAUAUUGGAGAGGAGAUCAAAGUGAACAAUCGAAAAAUCCUGCAAAUCGAGACAAGUCGGUCUUCACAGAAUUUCCAUAGUCCGCCUUAUUCGAAUGGUGGUGAAAAACGGAGAACUACGAGGACACCGGUGGCUGAUCAGAUACAUCAGUGGAAGCGACAACUGAGUGGUGACCUCACAAAAUCGACAAUUCUCCAAAAAACGUGUGACGCAGCUCUCUACCAAGUCUGUCUGAAACAUGUCUCUUGUGCCCAACUGUGGUCAAUGUUCCGAAAAAAUUGUGACGUGGAUCAGGAUAAUCAGUGUCGAAUGGCGGAUAGAGAGAUCUGUUGGCAGUCAUUCGAGGGACUGACUUGGAGUGGUCUGGGCGAUUGUCAGUGUGCCUCAUCGAAUUCAUCGGAUUGUCAUUGGAUUCGACUGCAUACCAAUUAUAACAAGUGUAUUUACGAAAUCUCAAAAUCCGGUCAAUUUCCCGUUCUAAUGACGUUGGCGCAGAAGAAUCGAGAAGACCGUGAGAAUGAGCAACGGAUGAUGAGUGAACAAUAUCAGAGAAGAUACGAGAAUCGAGAAAAGUCAGAAGUAAUCCUCCGCGAAGUUCCAACUACUACUACCACCACAACCACAACCACAACCACUACCACUACAACUACAGUAUCCCCUACUACAAAAACUACAACUACAACAACGACACGCCCACCGCCACCUCCACCUCCCCAGACUCCGCCCACCACUACAGUACCCUCGUGGUGGAGUUCUGGACAAGUGCCACGUCAUCGAGACACUUCACACCGACAACAGAAUAAUUUCAAGUUGAAAGCAGUCAUCGAUCCGCCAACGACUACAGUAUCCACGUGGCAAGACUAUCACGGACCGAAGAAAGAGACACCCGGCAUGUUUGUGCCGAGGAGGACUAGUGCGAGAUCCUCCUGCCCAGACGCUAUCCGUCGUUGCGAAUCAGUCGACGAAUGUCGUUGGCAUCUCGGUGAGCUCCGUGUCCGAUGCUCCACAGCUGCUAGCUGUCGGCGUGAGGAAUGUGCGGCGAGUCUCCAAAGGUUCUCAAUGUAUGUACCAUUUGCGUUGGUCGAGUCGAUUAUGUUCUGUCAUUGUGCACCGGAGGACGAGGAUUGUUUGACGCAGCAGGAAAUGAUCUACCCGAAAUGUCUCUACAAAUCUUCUGGUUUUAUGCAAACAUGCACACAAUCCGUUCAAAAAUGCGAUCAAGACACCCGUUGCCGUCAUAUCCGACACGCCCUUCAAGCUCAUUGUCCAGUGAAGAAUGGAGAGUGUACGAAGACUUCGUUGGAUGAUUGCAGGAGGACUAUUUUGUCGGCUAGAGCAUCCAUCCUAGAACAACCCUGUUUCUGCAAGCUAUCUGACGUCCAAUGUCUCGCCCAUCAGAAUACAAUGAUUCCCACAAAUCCAUGCAUUGAAAACGCAAUGAUUGAAUACUCGAGAAUCAUGGGAUACAAUAAACCGGGUCUCGCCACGAAUCGCGUUCAGAGUACUGUAGACGAAGUGGGCGGAGCCAUGAAAGAAAAUAUGGAAGAGGAGGAGGAGCCGAGUAGGAAGACUAGUAGUACGAUAAACUACCAACAAAUCACUACCGUAACUUUCGCCCCGCCCAUGGCCACGCCCAAAACCACGCACCGCCCAUAUCAGUCACAAAACAAUCGGAAACGAAUGCGCACCACGACGACCACAACGACACGGGCGCCCCGUACCACCACCACCACUACAGUACCCACAAUGACUACAGUACCACGGACUACAAAGACUACAACGACUACUACGACUACAGUAGCCCCGAUUACGUCAAAAAAGUCAAGUUUUCUGGAUUUAUUCGGAAUUUUCGGGAAGAAAGAGACCGCCCAGGUGGAUUUGGAAUCGAAAAUUAUAAAACAAGAGAAUUUGGAAAAAAUGGAAAAAAUGGAAGAGGAAAUGAUGAUUAAGAAGUCACAAGAUUCUCCGAAAAAACCAAAAUUCCGAACUACAGUAACCCCGCCCAUCACAUCGGAAGCUCCGCCCCCUUGGAUAUCGACCACCGCUACAGUACCCACCACGACUACAGUAUUCACAACGCAUGCCCCGCCCCCAAUGGAAGGAUGUAAUACGAAAGAUGCGAAUGGAAGAGAGAUAUUCACGCAUAUCGGAGCGAUUAUGAGAAAAUACGUGGAUUGGUCGGGUCGAUGCUCAACAUGGUGUGAAUGCGAAUCCGAGGACCAUCUGGCGUGUGAACCGGUGCCAUGUCUGGAUCAUGGUACUUGUGACGCGCCGUUGACUACUAUUGAAUUCGGCGAACGAGUCUUCCUCAAAGAUCGCGGUGCGUGCUACUGUGAAACCGGGAAUUUCGUCUGUGAAUUUGCGGAAGAGGCUCCAGAAAUGUAUCCGGGUCUCUAUAUGUCAAUAGGGUACUCUCAGAAAGAUGUAGAACUCAUUCGGAAGGCUGUCCCUCGAGAAAUUCUCGACAAAGCCGGAUUCUCGUCAUCCGACGCGUCCACUGACAUAGCCAGUCGAAUGCAAAUCGCUUUCGAGAGACUUCUCCCGAAAUCUCUUCAAUGUCGAAUAGUGACAAUGAACGAGCUCUCGGAGCCAGGAAAUGCGCUCUACCGUAUCGAGUGGUACGGUAGAAAUGAGAUGUUCAAUCAUACAAGGACAAAAUGGCAUUCCGAUGGGGCGGAGAAGAUCUGCUCGCCAUACGUACGGAAGCUAGCUGACCACUUCUCGCUAAACGAAUCACCACGCUUCCAGUUGGUGUUAUCAACUGUAAAACAAGUCAAAGUUCUCGACUAUUUGGACGGGUUACCACAGUCGCUGGCUGGAGGUAUCAGAACGGGUCUAGUCUGUUAUCAUCAAAUGUUUCUCAUCAUCAUGCUCAGUCUCUUCUUCUAA